AUGGGCUCCUCCGCUGAGAGCAGAAGCAGGAUGGGUAGCAUAAAGCCCAUGGGGAUUCAGCUCAUCGAGUGUGUCCGUGGCGGCCCUCUCUCCUUCAGAUCAUCUCAGGCUCUUGUGUUGGUGCUCACCUUCCUGUCAUAUGCCAGUUACCAUGCCACUAGGAAAACCACAAGCAUUGUCAAGAGUGUUCUUGAUCCCAAGACAACAAACCUGGGCUUGUUGCACUGGCCCAGCCAUAUGUAUCUUCAAGAACUGAAAGGCGCGGCGAACAACACGGCUCUCCAGAGUGGCUGGGCUCCGUUCAACGGCGAGGAUGGCACCAAGCUGCUCGGCGAGAUCGACUUGGCUUUCCUUGGGGUGUAUGCCAUUGGCAUGUUCUUUGCCGGCCAUUUGGGUGACCGGGUGGAUCUCAGGAUCCUCCUGACCAUCGGAAUGGUAGGGACCGGGCUGUUCACCGCCGCUUUCGGAGCCGGCUACUGGCUCAACAUCCACAGCUUCUACUACUUUCUCGGCGUCCAGAUGAUCGCCGGUCUGUUCCAGUCGUCCGGCUGGCCCUCCGUGGUCGCGGUCGUCGGCAAUUGGUUCGGGAAGAGCAAGAGGGGGCUGAUCAUGGGGAUCUGGAACGCUCACACCUCAGUGGGAAACAUUUCUGGCUCGCUGAUCGCGGCUGCCAUGCUGAAGUUCGGGUGGAGCUGGUCGUUUGCAGUGCCCGGUGCCAUGAUUGCGCUGGUCGGGCUGGCCGUGUUUCUCUUCUUGCCUGUUGAUCCUGAGGUGGUCGGGGUCGAGGAGGAUCGCCAUGUGAAGGACUACGAGAAGAAUGGCACGGAUGUGCCUCUGCUGGAGGGACAUUCGAGUGGACGAGACGAGGCAGUGGGGUUCAUCCAGGCAUGGAGAAUCCCUGGCGUUGCCCCAUUUGCUCUCUGCCUCUUCUUCUGCAAGCUUGUCGCCUACACGUUCCUCUAUUGGCUCCCUUUCUACCUCAGCCACACAGAGAUCGGGGGAGAAUAUCUGUCAGACUCCGCGGCGGGGAUCCUGUCGACCCUGUUCGACGUGGGCGGCGUCGUCGGCGGCAUCCUGGCCGGCCACAUCUCCGACCGGCUCGACGCGCGGGCGCUGACGGCGGCGACCUUCACCUUCUCGGCCAUACCGGCGCUCUUCUUCUACCGCAUCUACGGGAGCAUCUCGCUGACGUGGAACGUGGCGCUCAUGUUCGUGACGGGGGUGCUGGUGAACGGGCCCUACGCGCUCAUCACCACCGCCGUGUCCGCCGACCUCGGCACGCACAGCUCGCUCAACGGCAACUCCCGCGCGCUGGCCACCGUGACGGCGAUCAUCGACGGCACGGGGUCCAUCGGCGCGGCCGUCGGGCCGCUCCUGACGGGGUACAUCUCCGCCAAGAGCUGGAGCGGCGUGUUCACGAUGCUCAUGGCGUCGGCGCUCGUCGCCGGCCUGCUGCUGUCGAGGCUGGUCGUGGCCGAGAUCACCACGAAGAUGGCGGCGCCGCAGAGGCCCGUCGAUUCGGCUGGCGAUCUGCCCGUGUCGUCGCUGGAGGAGCCUUAG